AUGUCUCAAGAAAUAGCCCGUCCAGCCUUCGCCGACCGCAAACGUCCCCUCCUCUCCUAUGGCAUCGCCUUCCCCGCUGCCGCUGCCCGCCAUGUUACCGAGACAUUCGGCGCUUCGCGCGUUUACGUGAUUUGCUCGGGAUCACUGGCCCGUAACACGGACUCGCUUGACCGGUUGGCUUCCGCGCUGGAGCCUGAGAAGGUGGUCGGCCGCCGGGUUGGCAUGCAGAGCCAUACACUGUGGUCCGAGGUCUUAGAGAUCGUUGAAGAUGCUCGCAACGUGCAGGCUGAUUUGCUGUUGACUCUGGGAGCGGGCAGUUUGACCGAUGGAGCGAAGAUCAUUGCACUUGCUCUUGCAAACGACGUCCACACCCCAGAUGAGCUCGAAACACUCGCCCAGGGACCUAAAAAGCGUGCGGAAGUCAAAGCUCCCACUGUCCCUAUUAUCUCAGUGCCGACGUCACUCUCCGCCGGCGAGUACUCCAACUUUGCAGGUGGCACCGAGGACCGCUCCCGCCGCAAGUAUAGUUUCCAGGCGCCGUUGCGCGGGCCGGAGCUCAUCAUCCUUGACCCGGAACUGGCGGAGUCCACUCCAGAUUCAAUCUGGCUUAGCACGGGCGUGCGCGCUGUUGAUCAUUGUGUCGAGACGUUGUGCGCUAUUGUCGGCACAACUCCAGAGUCGGAUAAGCUUGCGCAAAAUGCACUCGGUCUACUUGUCCCGGGAUUAUUGAACUGCAAGAAGAAUCGCGCGGAUCGAGACGCACACCUGCAGUGUCAAUUGGGGUCAGUGGACGCGAUGGCGGCUUGGCGCGUUCGCGAGUUCCUAAUCCACGACCCCGUCGUCUCAGAGGUUCUGCGCACUCGCAAUGUCAAUACUGAGACCGCAGACCUGGGCGAUAUCCUCGACGUCGUCAUCCGCGAGAUCGGUAUGCCUCGGUCUCUGAGUGACGUCAAGGUGGGCCGCGACAAGCUCGACGCCUUGGCUGCGCACAGCCUGCACGACCGAUGGUGCAAGACUAAUCCCGUGCCACUUACGGAGAAGGAACAGGCACUGGAGAUCCUGGAGAUGGUAGUUUGA